AUGAAAGACGAAAAAUCUUUUGGAAACACUGGUCUUCUUCAACCUGCAAAAGUCAAUUACAAAACACUGGAGGAAUGUAGUUAUGAUGAUCCAUGUAUUUUUUCAAACAUUGCAAAUGAACAAGAAAUGUCACCGUAUGAAACGAAAUCGGAAACUGAACAAUGGACAAGUAAAGCGAUUACCAAUCGACUGGCUGUUAUCAUUAUUUUAUUGCUAAUGGUGAUCCAAACAAUUUUCGGAUUCUUGAGCAGUAGUCUAGCGUGUAUAACUGAUGUAUUUCGAUUAUCAUCUGAUUAUCUUGGACAACAUCGUAUUAGUGAAAAAAAUUCAGCAUCGUUGAGACGAUUAGCAUAUCAACCGAGAAGAUAUGUUGCACUUGGUGAUUUUAUCGAUAUUAAAAUACGACAGUUAAUUCAUUUGAUUGGCAAUCAUGGAGUAAGCCUUAUUUUCGUUUUGGAAGCUAUCAUUAUCAAUAUUCAGGUUAAUUUUUAA